GUUAUCAUUCGCAAACCCUACGUUGGUUCCUCCUUCAUCACAUGGAGCCAGUACAAGCAGAUGAUUGGUCGCGCUGGGCGUGCAGGCCUUGACAGCUAUGGUGAGAGCGUGACCAUUCUGCAGCCCGCUGACCGACAUCUAUUUGCUCGACUCCUACGCAGCUCGCCAAAGCCGACAGAGGGUUCUGCCGGUGACAAUAACUCCGAUGGAGCCUUCUGCUCCAGCAGUCUUUUGUAUGAUGAUGGGAAGGGCCUUCGUCAUCUCCUCCUGUCUCUCCUUGGUCUUGGGCUUGCAACAAACUUGGCUGAACUAAUAAGCUGCGCUGAGCAAACCUUCUAUGCCGUGCAACAGAAAAAUCGCCUAGGUGCAGAGGCUGGCCGUGCCAAACUUGAUGCCGAUGUGCGCGAUCAGUUGCAACACCUGUUGACUGGUCGUCUUGUCAGUGUUUCCACC